AUGGAGCUGGCUUCCCUGCGCAGUGCGCUGGAUGAGGCGCCGGCCCACCCCUCCUCUCGGCCCACCGCACCCUCCAUCCGGGGUGACGGCGCCUUCAUCGCGGAGCUGCGGGCCAAGCACUCCCACUCCAGCCAGCCCGAGAGCCGACAGCUGCUAGCCAUCGCCUCCGCCCUGCUGGAGGUGGUGCGGGAGGAGGGCCUGGACCCCACCCCCACCGCCCUCUUUGCCGCGGCCAUGGCCUCGCUGGAGCGCCCCGACGUCGCCCGCUCCCCGCCCCUGCUGGCGGGCAUGGCCACCCUCCUCAACUCCCUGCUCCCGCGCGUGCCCAACCCCGUGCUGCGCGCCAAGUUCGCGCCCGCCAGCGCGCUCCUGCGCGGCCUGCUGGCCGGCGCAGGGACCGACGCGCAGCUGGCCAGGCCCGCGCUGGGCGCGCUGUGCCAGGUGCUGGCCGCCGCCGACCCGGCUGACUGGCCGGCCGCGCUGCCCUCCUUUGGCUUGGUGCUGGCCGCCUGCGCCGACGCGCGGCCCAAGGUGCGCCGCCGCGCGCACGCGGGGCUGGAGGAGGUGCUGGCGGCGAUGGGCGUGCGUCCCGCGACCCUGGCAGCCGCCAGCGACCUGGUGGCCGCCGAGGCCGAGCGCAGGGGCACCGGGGUCGCGGAAGUCGCCGCGCACCUGCGCGCCGUGCUGGCCUGCGAGCUCAGCGUGGCGGAGCGGCGGGACGUGGAGGGUGUGGCUGCCCGCGCCCAGCUUCUCGCCGUCUGCACGAAGCGGCUGCACCGGCUGGAGACCAUGGCCACACCUGGUACCCCCAGCACGGCCGUGCAGACCUGGGACCUCCUGCCCCGCGUCUUCCAGUACCUGCUCCCGCUGCUGGGCGCCGAGCUGGACAGCGUGCGCGGCGCGGCGGCAGACACGCUGGGCGGCCUGCUGGAGGCCUGCGGGCUGCGCACCGGGGCGCAGGCGCGGACGUGGAUGCUGCCGCUCCUGCGCCAGAAUGGCGGCGCGGGGGAGCUGGGCUUCUGGGCCGAGCAGCUCCUGCCCACCGCGCAGGCCAUCGGGAAGCGCGGAGCAGUGGCCACCAAGGGGAAGAAGGACAGGGAGGCGCAGCUGUGCGCGACCCUGGAGUCCCAGCUCUGGGCCUGCCUCCCAGCAUUUGUCAGCUGGGCAGAGGAUGGCGGCGCGGUGUGGAGGCAGCUGGAGAAACCCCUCCUGGAGGCCUUCCAUCGCAACGAGCAGUACCGGAACAUUGUAUGCAACUCCUUCACCACACUGUGCAAUGACAUCAGCCGCGCAUACUCUGCAGCAGGCCAACAGCUGGGUCAUGCCAACCCAGUGGCCGCUGCGGCCACACCCAGCGGUCACGAUCAGGAGGGCCUGCUGAUGGACGAGGAGGGCGCCGACAGCGCGAUCCCCAUCCCUGCCCACUACACCCUGGCGGCUGCCCAGGCGGGGCUGGCGGAGCUGCGCGCCGCCUCCGCGGCCUGGCUGCCCCAGCUGCUGGACGGCUUUCUGGCCGCGCCGCCGGCCCAGCGCGGAACCAUGCAGGCCACGCUGGGCGCGCUGGCCUGCGCGGCCGACCCCGCCGCGGUGGCGCGCCUGUUCAAGACCGUGGCCCAGCAGCUGCUAAAGGAGGCGGCGGCGGCGGCAGCGACCGGCGCUGGUACGGCAACGGAGGCCGCCGCCGCUGCCCCCGACCCCGAGCGCCGCGCCUCGCUGCUGGAACUGGCGCUGGCGCUGGCUGGCGGGCUGGACGCGCGCGGCGUGGCCUCCCUGCUCAUGCGCUCCGCGGCCGUGUCGGCCGGUGGGCGCCGCGCGCGUGGCGGCGCGGACGACGACGGGGACGACGAGGACGACUUCCCGCGCGACGGCGGCGGGCGCAUGGUCGUGCACGACCCCGAGGCCGGCGGCGCGGGCCGGAAGCGGCGCCGCGCCAGCGAGCACUUCGACUCCGACGACUCCGACUUCGAGGACCUGCGCGGCUUCAGCGGGCUGGACCUGGCGCUGAAGGGCGCGCAGUCCCACACGGGCGAGCGCUUCAAGUCGGCCAAGGCGGGCGGGGACGUGAGCAAGGGGCGCACCGAGCCCUACGCCUACUGGCCCCUCGACCGGCGGCUGAUGAAUCGCCGGGCGCACAAGGCCAAGGGGGCCAAGCAGGGUCUGGACGCCGUGGUCAACGCGGGGCGGCGGGGCCCAAAGAGGACCAAGACGGCGCGCGACUGA